AUGGCGUCCCCAAAAGAGGCCUCCUCCCGCGGGAUUCGCAUAGCCAUUGAUCGCGGUGGCACAUUCACCGACUGCGUAGGCAACCCGGGCUCAGGCAAAAUGGAAGACGACGUCGUGAUCAAGCUCCUCUCCGUCGACCCCGAAAACUACGACGAUGCGCCGCUCGAGGGAAUCCGUAGAUUACUCUCGAAAUUCAGCGGGAAAGAAAUCCCGCGCGGACAACCUCUGGAUACUAGCCAGAUUGAGAGUAUACGAAUGGGAACCACAGUCGCCACGAACGCGUUGUUGGAGAGGAAAGGCGAGGAUAUCGCCAUGGUGGUGACAAAAGGGUUCAAGGAUUGUCUAGAGAUUGGGAAUCAGAGCAGGCCGAAUAUCUUCGAUUUAGCAAUUCGGAAGCCAGAGGUGUUGUACAAGAGAGUGGUGGAGAUUGAAGAGCGAGUCACAUUGGAGGACUACGCAGAAGAUCCAGAACGUACAACUACGGAUGCGCCGACUAUCUCGGAAGCAGCAGAGGGUGCUGAGCUUGUCAAAGGGUUGAGCGGAGAGGCUGUGAGGGUCUUGCAACGUCCUGAUGAGAGCAAGAUUCGGAAACAGUUGCAAGAGGUGUUUGAUUCAGGAUUGAAGAGCAUCGCAGUAUGUCUGAUGCAUGGAUACACAUAUCCCCACCACGAAGCGGCGGUGGGUAGAAUUGCACGAGAAAUUGGUUUCGAGCAUGUCAGUCUGAGCCAUGAGCUCAUGCCUAUGAUCAAGCUCGUUCCUAGGGCGACUUCUGCUUGUGCGGAUGCAUACCUGACACCUGCUAUUCGAAAGUACAUUGAUGGCUUCCAAAAGGGCUUCGAGGGCGGCCUAGGAAGUGAGAGCGUCAAGAAGGAGUCGGGUGCAAAGGGUGCCAGAUGCGAGUUCAUGCAAAGUGAUGGAGGACUUGUGGAUGUCGAUGGCUUCAGCGGGCUGAAAGCCAUACUGUCUGGUCCCGCUGGUGGCGUCGUUGGAUACGCACUCACGAGCUACGACCCUGAAACUAAAACACCGGUCAUUGGAUUCGAUAUGGGAGGAACCAGCACAGAUGUCAGCCGAUAUGGAAGCGGACGAUAUGACCACGUAUUUGAGACGACAACAGCUGGUGUUACAAUCCAAAGCCCCCAGCUGGAUAUCAACACAGUCGCUGCAGGCGGUGGCUCCCGACUCUUCUUCCGCAAUGGUCUAUUCGUUGUCGGUCCUGAGAGUGCAAGCGCUCAUCCAGGUCCUGCAUGCUACCGUAAGGAUGGUCCUCUGACAAUCACGGAUGCCAACUUGUUCCUCGGCCGAUUACUGCCCGAGUUCUUCCCUAAGAUUUUUGGCAAGAAUGAAGAUGAAGGCCUCGAUGAGAAAGCCAGCGAGAAGCUUUUCAAAGAACUCACUGAGCAAAUCAACAAAGAGGAAGCUGAAUCUGGCAAGGAAAAGCAGAUGACCGCAGAUGAGGUCGCGUAUGGCUUCAUCAAGAUUGCCAAUGAGACCAUGACGAGACCAAUUCGAUCAUUGACAGAAGCGAGAGGUCAUGAUACGAGCAAGCAUCGGCUGGCAACAUUCGGUGGAGCAGGUGGUCAGCAUGCGGUUGCCAUCGCACAGGCACUGGGUAUUAGUCAGAUUCUUAUCCAUCGAUACUCUUCGGUCCUCUCGGCAUAUGGCAUGGCACUUGCAGAUGUUGUGGAUGAGAGGCAAGAGCCCGAGUCGAAGAUUUGGUCAGAUACUGACCCAGAAGUGCGAAAGUACCUGCAAGGGAAAAUGGAGGAGCUCAAGAAGAAGUCAACCACGGUACUGAAGGAUCAGGGCUUCAGCGAUGGUGAGAUUCACUUUGAAGAGUAUCUCAACAUGCGAUACCGUGGAACUGAGUCUGCAUUGAUGAUUGUGAGGCCAUCUCAGGAGGAAAUGGAGGAGUAUGGCGGCGACGAUUGGGCUUUUGGCAAGGCGUUUAUCAAGAACCACGAGCAAGAAUUUGGCUUCACCCUUCCAGACCGCGACAUCAUCAUUGACGAUGUUCGUGCUCGUGGCAUUGGCAAGACUUUUGAAGGAUUGGAGAAGACGGUCGAUCAGCAACUCAAGGAGAUCACGCCCAAAGACAYUGGCAAAGAGGACAAAGUGCACGGCAAACAAUCCGUAUACUUUGAAGGCGGUCGACAGGAAACUUCAGUCUACAAACUGGAAGAUCUCGACGUGGGCGACCGUGUUAGAGGUCCGGCUAUCAUCGCAGAUGGCACGCAGACCAUCGUCGUCACUCCAGAAGCUUCCGCUUUGGUGAUCAACACUCACGUGGUCAUCAACAUUGGCGAGACCAACAGCCAAGAUAAGAAGGUCACCACCAAGGAGGUCGAUCCAAUCAUGCUUUCCAUCUUUGCUCAUCGCUUCAUGGCCAUUGCAGAGCAGAUGGGACGCGCUCUCCAGAAGACCAGUGUUUCGACGAAUGUCAAAGAGCGACUUGAUUACUCCUGCGCGCUGUUUGAUGCUGAUGGUGGCCUUGUAGCCAACGCUCCUCACCUCCCCGUUCAUCUGGGCAGCAUGUCCACUUGUGUGAGAAAGCAGGCCGAAAUCUGGCGUGGCAAGCUCAAGAAGGGAGAUGUUCUUGUCUCCAAUCAUCCCAUGUUUGGCGGCACUCAUCUGCCGGAUAUCACUGUCAUCACCCCGGCGUUCUCAGGAGACCAGAUUGUCUUCUACGUUGCGUCGCGAGCCCAUCACGCAGACAUUGGUGGAAUCCUUCCUGGCUCUAUGCCACCGCAUUCAAAGGAGCUGUUCCAAGAAGGAGCUGCUAUCAAGUCGGAAAAGCUCGUCUCUGAAGGCCACUUCAAUGAGGAACGCAUAAUCGAACUCCUCCAAGACGAGCCGGCAAAACAUCCUGGCUGCAGCGGAACAAGAUGUCUCGCCGACAACCUCAACGACCUGAAAGCACAAAUCGCCGCCAACCAAAAAGGCAUCAACCUCAUCUCAACCCUCAUCGAAGACUACGGUGAGGAUGUGGUACAAUUCUACAUGCACAACAUUCAAGACAACGCCGAGCUCAGCGUCCGCAACCUGCUGAAGAGCGUCAGCUCCCGCUUCUCAGGCCAAGAUCUCAGCGCAACCGACUACAUGGACGAUGGCUCUCCCAUCAAGUUGAAAAUCACAAUCGAUGCCGAAAAGGGRGAAGCAGUCUUUGACUUCACCGGCACUGGUCCUGAAGUGUAUGCCAAUUGGAAUGCUCCAGAGGCAGUGACAUACUCCGCCAUCAUCUACUGCCUCCGCUGUCUCAUCAGCGAAGACAUUCCCCUCAAUCAAGGUUGCUUGAAACCAGUCACCGUCAUAAUCCCUCCGAAAUCUUUCCUCUCGCCUUCUGGAGGCGCCGCGGUUGUGGGAGGGAAUGUCCUCACCUCCCAGCGCGUGACGGAUGUCGUGCUCAAGGCUUUCCAGGCUUGUGCCGCGAGUCAGGGAGACACGAACAAUUUGACAUUUGGGUUUGGAGGAAAUGUCACGGGGGAGAAAGUUGUAAAGGGGUUUGGAUAUUAUGAGACGAUUGCUGGCGGGAGUGGUGCAGGGCCUACGUGGGAUGGGACGAAUGGUGUGCAUACGCAUAUGACGAACACGAGGAUUACGGACGCGGAGGUGUUUGAGAGGAGGUAUCYGGUCUUGUUGAGGGAGUUUUCGUUGAGGGAGGGGAGUCAUGGAAAAGGGCAACAUAAAGGUGGGGAUGGUGUUGUGAGGGAUAUUGAGUUCCGGCGGGCGGUGCAGGUUAGUAUAUUGAGUGAGAGGAGGGUUUAUAGACCUUAUGGGUUGGAAGGUGGGGAGGAUGCGCAGUGCGGGAGGAAUAUAUGGGUUAGAAAAGUGCAGAAGGUGGAAGGGAGUGAGGAAACUGGGCCGAAUGAGAAGGAGGGUAAUGGGGAGAAGAAGGACGAGGAGCAGGAGUGGCGGUAUGUUUCUCUAGGAGCGAAGAACACGGCUGCCAUGCAAGCUGGCGAGCGUAUUAUUGUGGAGACGCCUGGUGGAGGGGGAUGGGGUCCUGUUGGAAAGGAAUCUGCGAAGAAGGAGAAGGAUGACCCAAGGAAGAAUUGGACGGGUGGAUCAGUCGCGAGUCGACAGGCCGAGGCCGAAGCAUCUGCUUGA